UAUCUUUUUUAACAUGACUCAAAGAUUCUCUGGUAGGGUCUUGUUAAUAUAUAAAGAGAAACACGGACCUAAGACAAUAAUUGUACUUGAAGUUGAGUGGAGUGAUCACAGAGCGAAGUGUCCUUUUGAUUGCAAAGCGAUCGUCUUUGAUGGAGGUGAUUCACGCAUGGUCUGCUCCAAGAUCACUCAGCACCACUCUCAUGUACUCCUUUGCCCAGAGAGAUGACAUUGAAGUGCUCGACGAGCCAUUAUACGCUGCGUUCCUUAGGGCUACGGGUGCUGAUAGACCAUACAGAGAUGAGCUUCUCUCUAAGAUGGAGUCUGAUGGGGAAAAGGUGGUGAAGGACAACAUUUAUGGUCCAGGAAAGAAGAAAUAUAGGUUUUGUAAGCAUAUAUCGAAACAGCGACUUGUUGGUUUGCCAAGUGAAUUAUUGAGUAAAGGAAAGCACUUUAUAUUGAUACGCAAUCCCCUUAACAUAUUGGUAAGCUUAUCAAGCUCACUUCUGGUGUUGUGUUUUCUUGGAGAUUCUUCUGAGGCUAUUGGUGUGAUCCUUUCAGGUUUGAGAUGUUUCUUCUCGUUGUUAUUGUUUGACUGUGUUUUCUUGCAGCCUUCCUUUGAGAAGAUACACCCUUUAUCGUUUCUUGAAUUGGGAUUGGGAGAGUUAGUUUCGAUAUACAGUGAUCUCUGUCAGAUGGGAACACCACCACCAAUCAUCGAUGCGGAUGAGCUUCAGCGAGAUCCCGAGGCUACAUUACGUGGUCUUUGCAAUGACUUGGAGAUCCCAUUUCAAGCCUCUAUGCUUAAAUGGGAGGCUGGCCCUAUACCAGAAGAUGGACUAUGGGCUUCAUGGUGGUACAAGACUCUUCACAAAUCAACAGGGUUUGCUUCUCCGAGGAAAUAUCCUCAUACAUUCCCUUUGAGGCAUUACGAUUUGCUGGAGCAAUGUCUACCGCUAUACAACAUUCUCAGGCGCCACGUGAAGCACAAGUCCUCUCUCUUGACCAGCACCUUACCUCCUCCCAGUCUUCCAGUUCCUGAAAACGCUAAACUUUUUGCAUGGGUUGGUGAUGAGAUUGUGCCUCGUGAGAUGGCGAAGGUGUCUGUUUUUGACUCGGUCGUGCAAGGCGGUGACUCUGUAUGGGAAGGUCUUCGAAUAUACAAAGGGAAAGUAUUCAAGCUUGAAGAACAUCUAGACCGGUUGUUUGAUUCCGCAAAGGCUCUGGCUUUCAACAAUGUCCCAACCCGCGAGGAGAUAAAAGAAGCCAUCUUCAGAACUCUCAUAACCAAUGGGAUGUUUGACAACACACAUAUAAGACUGUCUCUGACUCGAGGCAAAAAGGUCACUUCUGGAAUGAGCCCUGCAUUUAACCGUUAUGGAUGUACUUUGAUCGUGCUUGCCGAAUGGAAGCCUCCGGUAUACGACAACGAUGGUGGAAUUGUGCUGGUUACUGCAACUACACGCCGCAAUUCACCAAACAAUUUAGAUUCCAAGAUUCAUCAUAACAACCUCCUCAAUAACAUACUUGCAAAGAUUGAAAGCAACAACGCCAGUGUCGAUGAUGCAAUCAUGCUUGACAAGGAUGGCUUUGUGUCUGAAACCAAUGCAACCAACAUUUUCAUGGUGAAGAAAGGGCGAGUUUUCACUCCUCACGCAGAUUACUGUCUACCAGGCAUUACCCGAGCUACUGUCAUGGAACUGGUGGUGAAAGAGAACUUCAUCUUAGAAGAACGAAACAUCAGCUUGUCGGAAUUCCAUACAGCUGAUGAGGUAUGGACUACAGGAACAAUGGGAGAACUCAGCCCGGUUGUGAAAAUUGAUGGGCGUGUGAUCGGUGAAGGAAAAGUAGGACCGGUAACAAGAAGACUGCAGAGUGCUUACAAGAAACUUACGGAUGAUUCGGGCGUCCCAAUACCUACUUACCAAGAACCUUGAAACCAUGUGUUUGAUCGUAGAAUACAAGACGUGUUACAUGACAUCUAAGUCCACAGAAAACGAUGUGUUGUUUUUGUUUUGCGAAUCAAAAGUGCGCGAUGGUUUAGCUCGCGCAGGUAUGGGUCAAUGUAACAGUUGGUCGCGACCAAGUCAAGUCAGCUUCUCCUUGUUUGACAUUUUUUUUUGUGCUCACAAGAAUGAUCAUGGUUUGACCAAUAAGUAAAAGUCUAAAACCAUAAUAUCAAUUUUAUUUGCCUUUUAAUA